AUGCAAGCCGCCCAAUUUGCCGUCUUCCGCACCUCACCUUUCGACCCCCUUUGCAAACCUCCUUCCACCGCCUACUCAUUGUUCCCCACUCACAAUGCCAAGCCACCCAAGAAACUCCCUUUCGCCAUAUCCGCCUCCGCCUCUACAGUGUCGGCCCCCAAACGCGAGACUGAUCCCAAGAAACGCGUGGUCAUCACGGGUAUGGGACUCGUUUCUGUAUUCGGCAAUGACGUAAAUGCAUACUAUGAAAAACUGCUUGCUGGAGAGAGUGGAAUCACUCUAAUUGACCGCUUCGACGCAUCGAAAUUCCCCACGCGAUUCGGGGGGCAAAUUCGCGAUUUCAAAUCCGAGGGAUACAUUGAUGGGAAGAACGACCGGAGGCUGGAUGAUUGUCUCAGAUACUGCAUUGUAGCUGGCAAAAAAGCUCUUGAAAAUGCGGAUCUUGGGUUUGGUAGACUUGACAAGAUUGAUAAGGCUCGAGCUGGUGUUCUCGUUGGAACAGGAAUGGGUGGUCUUACAGUUUUUUCUGACGGUGUUCAGGCUCUAAUAGAGAAAGGUCACAGGAAAAUAACUCCGUUUUUCAUACCUUAUGCUAUAACAAACAUGGCAUCUGCUUUACUUGCAAUUGAUCUUGGUUUGAUGGGGCCAAAUUAUUCGAUUUCAACUGCUUGCGCUACCUCAAAUUAUUGCUUCUAUGCGGCUGCAAAUCACAUACGUCGAGGUGAGGCAGAUAUAAUGGUCACUGGUGGAACCGAAGCUGCCAUUAUUCCUAUAGGAUUGGGAGGUUUUGUUGCAUGCAGAGCUUUGUCUCAAAGAAAUGAUGAUCCAAAAACUGCUUCUAGGCCUUGGGAUAAAGAUCGAGAUGGUUUUGUUAUGGGUGAAGGUGCUGGAGUUUUGGUGAUGGAAAGUUUGGAUCAUGCGGUGAAACGAGAUGCACCGAUAAUUGCAGAGUACUUGGGAGGUGCAGUAAAUUGUGAUGCUUAUCAUAUGACUGAUCCCAGAGCUGAUGGACUUGGUGUUUCGUCAUGUAUCCAGAGUGCCCUUAAAGAUGCUGGUGUGUCACCUGAGGAGGUUAACUACAUUAAUGCUCAUGCAACCUCCACCAUAGUAGGUGACCUAGCUGAGGUAAAUGCUAUCAAGAAAGUUUUCAAGAACACUUCAGAGAUCAAAAUGAAUGCUACUAAGUCGAUGAUAGGGCACUGUCUUGGGGCUGCUGGCGGUCUGGAAGCAAUUGCAACAGUGAAAGCCAUUACGACGGGAUGGCUGCAUCCAACCAUAAAUCAAUUCAACCCCGAGCCUGCUGUGGAGUUUGAGACUGUUGCAAACAAAAAGCAGCAGCAUGAAGUCAAUGUUGCCGUUUCAAAUUCAUUUGGAUUUGGUGGACACAAUUCUGUCGUGGCCUUUUCUGCAUUCAAGCCCUGA